AUGAAGAUUCGUUUAUAUUUAUUAACAUACGUUUUAAUUCAAUCAUUAAUUAGUUUUAUUACAGCACAACAAAAUGAUGCUGGACAAUUUCUAAUUGGUGCCGGAAUUUACGACAUAACCGGACAAGUUGCAGAAAUUGGUUUUAUGGGUUAUGCAGUUCCAAAACAACGUGGUCAUGGUUUAUUACAACGAAUGCGUUCUCGUGCAUUUAUAAUAGGUGAUAUUAAUAGAGAAGAAAAUCGUGUUGUUUAUGUAUCAGUUGAUAAUGGUAUGGCAUUUCAAAUAGUUAAAACAGAAGUUAUUGAUCGUUUAAAUAAAACAUUUGGAUCAAAUUUAUAUACAGAUAAAAAUGUUUUAAUAUCUGGUACACAUACACAUUCAACACCUGGUGGUACAGGUGCUACUGCUCUUGUUGAUAUAACAACAUUUGGUUUUGUUAAAGAAAAUUGGGAAGCAUGUGUUAAUGGUAUUGUUCAAUCCAUAAUACGUGCAGAUAAAAAUCUUCAACUAGGAAGAAUUAAAAUAAAUAUUGGACAAGUUGAUAAUGCUAAUAUAAAUCGUUCUCCAGCUUCUUAUAUGAAUAAUGUUGAUCGAGGAGAAUAUACUGAUAAUACAGAUCAUGAAAUGACUGUUUUAAGAUUUGAAUCAAUUGAUGGAAAAAAUGAAAUUGGUAUGAUAAAUUUUUAUCCAGUACAUGCUGUUAGUUUAAAUAAUACAAAUUUAUUAGUUGCUGGAGAUAAUAAAGGUUAUGCUUCAUAUUUAUUUGAAAAAUUAAAAAAUCCAUCAGGAACAUUACCAGGUCAAGGUUCAUUUGUUGCUGCUUUUGGACAAAGUAAUGAAGGUGAUGUUAGUCCUAAUUUAAUGGGUCCAAAAUGUAUUGAUACUGGAUUACCAUGUGAAUUUUAUACAUCAACAUGUAAUGGAAAAAGUGAAAAAUGUAUUGCUUUUGGACCUGGAAAAACUAUGUAUGAAUCAAAUGAAAUUAUUGGAAAAAGACAAUUUGAAACAGCUAAAGAUUUAUAUGAUAAAGCUCAAUUAUUUAUAAAUGGUAAUGUCAAUUUUCGACAUACUUAUGUUGAUAUGCAAACAAUAAAUGUAAGUAGUCGUUUUACAUCAACAGGACAUAAUGAAACAACAUGUCAAGCUGCACUUGGUUAUUCAUUUGCUGCUGGUACAACAGAUGGACCAGGAGAUUUUGAUUUUACACAAUCAUCGAAUUCAACAAAUCCAUUUUGGCAAUUUGUUUCAUCAUUUUUAGCUAAACCAACUGAACAACAAAUUCAAUGUCAAGCACCUAAACCUAUUUUACUUGAUGUUGGUCUUAUAAAACCAAUUGAAUGGGUUCCAUUUGUUUUACCACAUCAAAUUUUUCAAAUUGGACAAUUAUUUAUUGUUGGAGUUCCAGGAGAAUUUACAACAAUGAGUGGAAGAAGAUUAAAAUUAACUAUUAAACAAGCUUUACAAGAUGCAGGAACAUGGACAUCGGAUAGUCAUAUAGUCAUAGCCGGUCUUUCAAAUAGUUAUUCUCAUUAUAUUACAACAUAUGAAGAAUAUCAACAACAAAGAUAUGAAGGAGCAUCAACUUUAUAUGGUCCACAUACAUUGGCUGCUUAUCAACAAACAUUUUAUGAUUUGUCAAUGAAAUUAGCUCGAAAUGAAACAGUACCAAGUGGUCCAACACCAUUUGAUAUGAGAGGAAAAACAUUUUCAUUUGUUGUACCACCAAUUUGGGAUGGUGUACCGAUUGGAAAAAAAUUUGGUGAGGUUAUAACUGAUGUAAAUUCAUCAUAUAAACCUGGUGAUACAGUUCGUUGUUCAUGGUGGGGAGCUAAUCCACGAAAUGAUCUUUUUACAGAAAAAUCAUUUUUAUAUGUUGAUCGAUUAAUUAAUCAAACAUGGGUACCAAUAUUAACAGAUGAUGAUUUAGAAACUCGUUUCUUAUGGAAACGACAAUUUAUAGAUCAGAGUAUUAUUACAGUUGAAUGGGAUAUUCCUACAACACAACAAACUGGACAAGAUCUUUAUCGAUUACGUCAUUCAGGUGUUAAAAAUAAUAUUUUUGGUCGUCAACAAUAUAAUGCACAAUCAAAAAGUUUUACAAUUAAUAACUAA